GCGUCAGGCAGCGCGCCGGGCAGCCCGGGGCCAUGGCGGCGGCGGUGGCGGCGGGAGCGCGCGGCGCCCUCCGGGGGUUGGCGGCGCUGCGCGGCCGGGGUGCGAGCCGGGCGGCCAUGUCUUCAGGUGCACAGUGGCUGACAGCCGAGGAGAGGAACCAACUCAUUCCUGGCUUGAAAGCGGCAGGAUGGUCGGAGUUAAGUGAGAGAGAUGCCAUCUACAAAGAGUUCAUCUUCAAAAAUUUUAAUCAGGCCUUUGGCUUUAUGUCCAGGGUUGCCCUACAAGCAGAGAAGAUGAAUCAUCACCCAGAAUGGUUCAACGUGUACAACAAGGUCCAGAUAACUCUCACCUCACAUGACUGUGGAGGCUUGAGCAAACGGGACGUGAAGCUGGCCCAGUUCAUUGAAAAUGCUGCUGCUUCUCUGUGAUCUCUUUGAAAACGCACGUAAAGAUCUGACACCUGGCUUGUCUGCAGUGUUUUUGAAGGCCAUUUAUGUGAAUAAAUUAAGUCAUAAAUUAGUUUGUUUUUACAUAUAUACAUUUUUGUAUAGUUGGUGCUUAAAUACAGAAUGAUUUGAACCUGAA